UGCAGUUGCGUUCGAAUUGCAUGCAUGCGUACACCUACUAUUCAUUCGUGUAAUAUGGGCUAUGGAUGCUAUCUCUACUACUACCCCCACCCGAGACACUUGCGCCGGUUCCGUCGUAAUCUGAGCACAAUGAUCGACAGCUAACUUCACGACACUGAUGAGUAUUGUACAACAUACUCACAUACACAUAUACACACAUAUGUAGAUGUGCUUGUACAUAUGUAACUGUACAUAACUAAAAUUCAUAGUCGUGUUCGCACCUAGUUUUAUGGCAAUAUUUUUACCGAGCAGUGAGAGUAUAUUAGAAACUUUGAUAGAAUGAGCAACAAUUACGUAUUUAUAAUAUGGGGUUUCUUAAUGCAUUUAAUUAUUCUAUGGGGUGUACUCGAUGUAAAUUUUCAUUCACCUAUUGUACAAGACUUACCAAGCGUAGAGAUUUUGAAAAAUGCACCGGCCAAGAGAUUACUUUUAUUUGUGGCAGAUGGUUUAAGGUUCAGAACAUUUAUCGAGGCUCCGCCAAACUUCCUCAAAUAUGUGAUGUUAAAUAAAGGUGUUUGGGGUGUAUCACACACACGUGUGCCCACAGAGUCGAGACCAGGUAUUGUUGCAAUUUGUGCUGGUUUGUACGAAGAUCCCAGCGCGAUUUUUAAAGGUUGGAAGGAAAAUCCCGUUGACUUUGACUCUGUGUUUAAUCGAAGCCAUCUUUCAUGGGUAUGGGGAAGUCCUGACAUCGUACCUAUCUUUACGAAAGGUGCAAAAAAACAUAUACAAGGAGAGAGCUAUCCAGCCGAGUGGCAGGACUUUGACAUAAUGAAAGGUCAAAUUUGGCGUUUAGAUUCCUGGGUAUUUGACAAAUAUCUGAACUGGCUUCGGGAGGAAGCUCAUAAUGUAAAACAUUUGGAUCGUACUCUUUUUUUCCUUCAUCUUCUCGGUUGUGAUACUACGGGCCAUACAGCAAAGCCUCAUUCUAGAGAAUACACCGAUAACAUGAACUAUGUUGAUCGGAAAAUAGAAGAAGUUGUGCAAAUGACAGAAACUAUUUUUAAAGAUAAUGCCACAGCAUACAUUUUCACAGCUGAUCAUGGAAUGACCGAUUGGGGAUCACACGGAAGUGGUUCCACGGAUGAAACAGAAACACCAUUAAUUGCUUGGGGUGCUGGAAUUGACCAUUUCAAUUCCAGACAAGAUGUAGAACAAAUAGAUAUUGCAUCGCUGAUAUCUAAUUUGAUCGGCGCUCCCAUUCCUACUAAUAGCGAAGGUGUUUUGCCAUGGCAAUAUCUAAGCGCCACAAAUCUGGAAUAUACGAAUGAUGCUUUAUUAAAUAAUUUAAAACAAUUGUCUCAUCAAGUAAAAGCAAAUCGUGAAAUUAUUUGUGAAGACAGCAGAUUUACAGACCAAAGAGUGACACAAUUGUACAACAAAAUUAAUACUUUAGAGAAACAUCUUGGUACAAAAGAUUUAAGUAAAAGGUUUGAUGAAACAGUAGACACCAUUAAGCUAGCUAAAGAAUCGUUACUAUAUUUUCGUCAAUACCAAAGAACGCGAUUAUUAAUAUAUUUAUCCACAAUGUGGUUGGGAUGGAUAGUGCUAUUAUUUUCAAAAAUAGCUGGAACUGAACGACGUAUUAUCAAUCGUUUUAUUUUAUUAGUCGCAGAUAUUGCGUUUGUAUGCAUUUUAAUCACCAUAUUUCUUCUAUAUAAAGUUUCAGAUUGCAGAAAUUGGAGACCACCCUGUUAUGCAGCUGUAGCAGUAACUUCUCUUUGGUUAGCUGUUAGAAGCACAAUUCAAAAUUCAAUAAAUUUAAAAAUUGAAAAUGAUAGUCAAUCAUGGUCGAAAAUUGCAGGAAUAGUGAUAUUACUGGCAACAAUGUUUUUAGGACUAGCAUACAGAUCUGUUUUAACUGUGGGAAUGAUAUGCACCGCAGUUAUUCAGAAAGUAGUGUUGAAACGUACUCGGUAUUUGUUUUGGACAGCUUUAUCUCUAGCAGUUUUUCCAUUGUUACCUGUUGUAGAACCCUAUCCCCGCGUUUACAUUGUACUUUCCAGUAUAUGCAUUAUGAUCGUACUAGCAUUUUUUAAAUUGGGAUCACAUUCCAGAAUGGCAAUGGAAAUUUUACGACUAAUAAUUACAGGCUUGAUAUACUUUGGAUUCAUAGAUGGACGAAGUUGGAUGUCAUGGCUGCUUUUAUUCACAACGCCAUUAUAUAUUUGCACCGGUUCCACAGAAUUAAAAACUAGAAUGCAUGAAGUGGUUUUCGGCUUCUUCUGCCCGCUCGUAUUAUUGUCAGCAUCUUACGAACCCCUGUUUUUUAUACUGCUCGGAGUGCAUUUAUCUUGCUGGCCUCGAAAUAGCAUAUAUUCUAGUCAAGAUCACCGAAGAACUGAUUCAUCUAUAACAAUGGAAGAACUGUUGAAGGCAGCGAUCUUCAUGUUAUAUACAUUACUGAGUUUCUUUGGAACCGGUAAUAUGGCGAGUAUCAGUUCGUUCAACCCAUCCUGGACACGCCAUUUUGUCACAGUAUUCUCACCAUUCGUAAUGUUCUCGUUAAUACUUUUCAAAAUUAGCGUACCUUUAAUGCUGGUUGGAUGCACGAGUCACUUAUUGGGAUCGUCAAACAUCUUCUUAGCAGUGCUUCUGCUAGGAGAUUGCCUAUCAUUACCACUCGUAUAUUAUGUUACUCCUCAAGGAAGUUGGUUAGAUAUUGGUAGCGCUAUCAGUAGAUUUACAAUCGCGAUAUCUCUUCCAUGUCUUUUAUUAUUGUUCUAUUAUUUAUCAUAUCCACUUAUGACAUUUUCUUUUCAUAAAUUUAAACAUUCCCUGCUUUCAGAAAAAAAGCAUAUCGUGUAAACAAGAUGCAUACAGACAUGCAUAAAUGUUCUAACAUUUUGUUAUAUUUUUAAUAAGGUAACUUAAUGGCAAUCGGUAUCUUCUUUAUAGAGUAAUAUAACCCUUGGCAAAAAAUAUUCCAAUACCUUUUAAAGCGCAAUAACUUUUUUAAAACUGGACUAAAUAAUUUGAAUUUUUGUAAAUGAUAAAGGGACUUAGUAAAUUCGGUAUGGGUAGUCUCGUCUCGGUAAUGUGUAUUUUUUCUCUCCGUCAAAAUAAAACAUUUUCAUUCUUAUAUAUAA